CACAUUAUGUAUCCUCAAAAAGUUGAAAAAUUCAUCUUCGCACGUUUUUAAUGAACGAGCAUUCCAAUUUAAUAAAUUUCUAGUCAAUAUUAAACUUUAAUUUCAUUACAAUUUUGUUAGCAAAUUCCCACCCAUCUUGAAAAUCUUCAAACAUGGAGGUAGAAUUUAACAUAGCAAUCAUCAUAGGUAACAUAGAUUCUUGCAAGUAUUUUAAUGUUUCUUCCGUUGCGCUACCUAGUUCCAUUGGACUAAAGGAAGCGUUGGGUGCAAACGAUUUUGUAGGCGUGGUAGCCGUUAUUUUGGCCUUGUUACCUGCCACUGAAGCAUAAGAUGACACACCAUUGUAGGAUGGUGUGAUGUAGAUAGAUAGAGAAGUUGUUAAUCUAUUUUAAAGCGGAUUAACACGUUUGGGCUUGUUUUCUUGAAGUGUACAUGAAGAAGUAGGUAAAUUGUUUAUUUGAUGUUUUUGUUGCCUAGAACGAGAAUUUAUAAUUUUUUCUCGAACAGGACAAGCCCAGAAAUUCGAUAUAUGGUUUUCGUUACAAUUAGCGCAUUUGAAACUUUUUUGUUUUUGUUUGUACCGGACAAGUAUCUUUUGUGUGCGAUUUAUCUCCACAGAUCAUACAUUUGAAAUCCCAAAGCCUUGGCAUCUACGACACUGGGUCAGAUUUUGCAUUCUGCCUCCAUAUCGUCUAUAAUGUUCCCACUUUACUCGCACGUGGAACAUAAAACGUGCUUUUUCUAAUACUUUUAAAUUAUUAACCUCAGUACGGUUAAAAUGAAUUAAAUAAAGCUCCUGGAUAAUUCCAAACGUACUGGCGUAUUAUCGCCGCUAGCCUGUCUCUUCAUAAGAAUAACUUGUGAAGGAGAAAUCUUUCAAUUCGUUGGAUAUUUCAUCCAAACUUUGACCUUGUGGUAACCCUUUCAAGACAGCCUUGAAUGGUCUAUCUGUCUUGAAUUCACAUGAAUAAAAUUUAUAUAACUUCUCCGUAAGAUACUGGAGUAGUCGUUUGUGGCCAAUCAAUUCCUCCGCUGUAACUCGACAUUCUUCACUUCGGCCAAUCUGAAAAGAGACUUUCACGUCCAGAAGGAACGUCGAAAGCUCAGUUCGAAAGGCUUUGAAGUCGGAGAUCAUCACUGUUAUAGGCGGAGGUGAUUGCGUUUUCUUCUCAUUGGCAUUAUGCACAAUGCGAGAAAAUUUACAAAUUUCAUCCGCUUCACAUUCGGAUAAAACAUCAAAUAAGUUGCUGCAAUCAAUUGAAUUUUCGGGUGGAGAAGAUACCCUUUUCCAUUUAGUUUUAAUUUUUGGCACACGGCCUUUCUGGGAUUACCCAAGCAUGUUGGAAGAAUUAAAUAUUUAACGUUAACACUAUAGUUAAUAAUGGAGUGACCUCAUAUUUACAUUGUUUUUGGAGCCUGUUCACUUCGAGACACUUUCUUCGACAGUUCGGUGAUGCAGAAACCAACUGCAAUUCUAUGCGAUGUGAACUGUAUUGGACAUUCUAUUCGUUAGGAUGGGAAAGAUCAAUUAUAAUUCAUGGUGGUGUAAAAGUCAAUUUAAUUCAACGCUUGGUCUCGUUCGGAUGAUGAAGAUUGUUCUGUAUCAUGAUUUCAGCUGUAGAUAUUCAGUCUGAAAGGUUAAACGGGUUGAUAGAUAAUGAUGAUUUAUAGUGAAACUGAUUUACAUUUAUUGUCAGAUGGUGCCUAACGUGGUAGAUUGACUGGGUAAUGGUUCGUUGCCUGGAAACGGGAUCACUUGCGAUAAACGAUCAUAUUUUAAGAACGUAGCAGAUCCUAUUAUCAUUCGAUUAAGCGGUGCUUUGGAAGAGUAAUACUUGCGAUAAACGAUCAUAUUUUAAGAACGUAGCAGAUCCUAUUAUCAUUCGAUUAAGCGGUGCUUUGGAAGAGUAAUAUUUGUGCUAAUAUAAAUUUUAUGUUACACUUUUCAUUCAAGCGAUCUUCAAUACUAUGCGCCUCCAUUGGGCUAUGCAAGCUAAGUUUGUACUUGUUUGUCUUAUCUGUGGCUUAGCUCCAGUCACAUGAUUGCAAAGAAGAGGAAGAUAAACCGGAUGCUCACGGUCACGGUAUCAAGCUAGGAUGGAUCGAAGGUGUACUAAUACCAUGUCUGCUCAACAUCUGGGGUGUAAUGCUUUUCCUGCGGCUCAGUUGGGUAGUGUCGCAGGCUGGCAUCAUUCAUACUUUGAUCAUCAUCGUCAUCUCCUACUUGGUGUGCGUAAUCACCGCCCUGUCGCUGUCGGCUAUCUGUACAAAUGGACAGGUCAAAGGCGGAGGAAUCUACUAUCUGAUUUCACGCUCUUUGGGACCGGAGUUUGGAGCAUCUGUGGGUAUAGUGUUUGCCUUCGCGAAUUCGGUAGCAGCUUCGCUGAACACAAUUGGAUUUUGUAAUUCUUUGAAUGAUCUGUUAAAAUCGUUCGGGACAAAAAUCGUUGACGGUGGCGUGAAUGACGUUCGAAUUGUGGGAACUGCUGCUAUCAUUGUUAUGGUUGUAAUAUGCGCAAUCGGGAUGGAAUGGGAGGCGAAGGCACAAAAUAUCCUGGUAGUUACAAUUGUAGUUGCCAUUUUCAACUUCAUGAUCGGCGUGAUAAUAGGACCAAGAUCCGACAACGAAAUAGCACAUGGUUUCAUGGGAUUUUCGACGCAAGUUUUCACGGAAAACCUGAAACCGGACUACCGGUACAGCGAAAACGUGAACCAAAACUUCUUCACCGUUUUCGGAAUAUUUUUCCCCAGCGUUACAGGUGUACAGGCUGGAGCAAACAUCUGCGGAGAUCUGAAGGAUCCUGCAUCCGCGAUUCCCAAGGGAACAUUGCUGGCUUUGCUGAUCUCAGCUAUAUCCUACAUAUCUUUUGUGUUCUUCGCUGGAGCUGCCGCUGUUCGAGAUGCUUCUGGAAAUAUAACAGACCUGGUUAAUGGAACUUUUGUUUCCUGCACUGCAGAAAAUAAUUGCGACUAUGGCUUACACAACGACUAUACAGCGAUGCAGUUGAUGUCACUCUCCAGUGCCAUCAUUUACGCUGGAUGCUUCGCGGCAACUCUCAGUACCGCUUUAACAAAUCUGCUUUCGGUUCCCAGGAUUAUCCAAGCACUCGGUAUUGACCGUAUCUAUCCAGGCCUUAUCUUCUUUUCCAAAGGAUACGGAAAGCACGGAGAACCCUAUCGCGGAUAUGUACUGGUGUUACUAGUAUCCGCACUGUUCGUUUUGAUUGCAGAUAUCAAUGCAAUCGCUCCCAUGAUUUCCAACUUUUACCUGGCUUCGUACGCUCUGAUCAACUUCUGUACUUUCCACGCGGCCACCGUCAAACCACUUGGAUGGCGACCAACGUUUCGUUUCUAUCAUCCCUGGCUCAGUCUAAUUGGUUCGAUACUAUGCGUCGCAAUAAUGUUUAUGUUAAAUUACACUUUUACAAUCGUCACAAUAGUGAUCAUCUUCAUUUUAUACCUGGUAGUUGUCUAUAGAAAACCGGACGUUAAUUGGGGUUCCAGCACCCAACAACAAACCUACAAAAGUGCACUCUCGUCCACGUUAAAACUACAAACCAUUGGAGAUCAUGUCAAAAACUAUCAUCCCUCGGUACUGGUUCUGACGGGUAAUCCCAUGAAUCGUCCACCUCUACUCGAUCUAGCGAAUCUCAUCACGAAAAACCACUCUCUAAUGAUAGUGGGAGACAUCAUCAAGGAACGACUGUCCCAUCGGAAGCGUCAGGAGCAAAAUUCGCAAUGUACCAAGUUUCUGGAAGUUGGUAACAUUCGUGGAUUCUAUCAGCCUAUAGAUGGACUCUCAUUCGAAGAAGGUGUUCAUGCGUUGAUACAAACUUCCGGUGUUGGCAAACUUUCGCCGAACAUCGUUCUAAUGGGUUACAAAUCUGAUUGGAUGACAUGUCCGGUAAAGGAUCUACUAACGUAUUAUAAUGUUUUACAUGAUGCCUUCGAUUGCCGUAUGUCAAUUUCAAUUCUACGUCUUCAAAAUGGAUUGGAUUUCUCUCAUUUGCAAACCGAAAUCGUCUCUACACCUAGUGUCGUGCCGGCUAGCAAUGGAAGCAGCAACAACUUCCACGGGAUAUCUACUAUUGCUGUAAAUGGGCUUAAACCUUCUCAAAACCUAAUGCACAUCGAUUCCAACCUCAAUCUCGAAUCAUAUGCAGAUAGCAACCACACAACGAUGACAACUCCUCAGCCAUCACCUCUGCCCAACCAACAAAUGCAACGGUUAGCCCGUGACAGUAUAGUGUACUCUACACGUGGUGGUUCGUUUGUUUCCAAGGAGAUCCUAGAUCGUUUGAGUGUUUUCCAGCGCAAGCAGCCCAAAGGAACCAUCGAUGUUUGGUGGCUUUACGACGACGGCGGUCUCACGAUGCUAGUUCCGUACAUCAUCUCGAUGAGAUCGAAGUGGUCUCAGUGUAAGAUUCGUGUGUUUGCUCUAACGAACCGACAGAUGGAGCUAGAGGUCGAAGAGAGAAACAUGGCAAAUCUCCUCAAGAAACUACGAAUCAACUAUUCCUCGCUCAUCAUGUUACAGGGCGUUACAGAUUCUCCACGACAGGAAACUGUCGAUAUGCAUCAGCGAUUGCUGCGAAACUUCGGGGACAAUGAUGCCACCCAUAUGCCGAUUAGUGAAACGGACAGGCUUGCACUGCAGGAAAAAACAAGCCGACAGCUGAGGUUACGUGAAAUGCUGCUGGAGCAUUCCAGCAGUGCAAACUUGAUCGUUAUGUCUAUGCCUAUGCCUAGAUUGGGUACGGUAUCGGCACCACUCUACAUGUCCUGGCUUGAAAUGCUGACAAAGGAUAUGCCUCCAUUUUUGUUAGUUCGGGGUAACCAGACGUCUGUUCUUACAUUCUAUUCCUGAUUUGUAAGUUGUACUUAGUAGAAUAAUGCACCAGAAGUAUUAUUUAAUUCUUAUUUAUAUAUUCAGAAAAGUAUUAUUUUUAGAUAAUAAAACGUUAUGAAACAGAACAUAUUUUA